AUGAGUACCCAAAUUGUUGCCCGCGUUUUGGUUAAGGCUCUUAUGGCAAUGCCAGCUCCAGAUUUCAGCCUUUGUCUCUUUUUAAUCCCAGAACGAGUGCAAAUGGAGGAUCAAUUCAAGACUCUAAUUGUUCUCUCACACUAUUUGGAGACAGCAAGAUUCCAUCAGUUCUGGGAUGAAGCAGCUAAAAACCGCCACAUAGUUGAAGUUGUGCCUGGAUUUGAACAAGCAAUUCAAGCCUAUGCAAUUCAUGUCCUUUCACUGACUUACCAAAAGGUUCCGAGGUCUGUUCUUGCUGAGGCCAUAAACAUAGAAGGUCUAUCUCUGGACAAGUUCCUUGAGCACCAGGUAGCAAACUUUGGUUGGGUUCUUGAGAAAGGUCAAGGUAGGGGCCAACUCAUUGCCCUACCUCACAAUGAGUUCAACCAUCCAGAGCUAAAGAAGAGUACUGCUGAUAGCAUUGUGUUGGAGCACAUUACCCGUAUCUUCCCCAUUCUUGGCUGA